GACGAGGAUAGGCAUACUUGUUUGCCUCCACUUUCCUACAUAGCUUUUGCUCAUAAUUCAGGCUCAUAAAUGGCUGCAGACUGAUGUCAUGCCAAUAGCUAUAAUCUCCUUUACAAGCAACCAUCUUCUUCCGACCAUAAAGCCGACGGAAGGCCGUAUCUCGGUGUCUACAUGCGCUCCUUCCAUGGCACAAGAAGCCUCGGAAACCUCGGUGGCUAGCUCGUCGGUUUCAGCCAACAGCCGGUGGGAGAUCCAUGACGACUUCCCCUCCACUUGGAGCGCCAUCAACCAGUGGCCUCAGUCGAGCCACCGCUCCAUUUCAUCAUCAUGCGAUGAGGGCCUCUGCAUCUCCAACAGCAGCUCAUUCACCAACACCUAUCUCUCAGGAGAGCGAGUGGAGAACCAGCUAUGGAACCAAGUCCUGUUAAAUGUUGGGAGCGGCGGAGACAUGCACAACCACCACGGCGACGGAGACAACUUCCUCCAAACGCUGACCUCUAAGGGUCCAUCGAGGAGGAAUCAGAUGUCCAACCCUGCUUGUGAUUACCCGAAGAAGUUGGACACUAGUUUCGACUUCCCAAAUCCUCUCUCACUGAACACAUUCGAGAAACACUUGAGCAGCUACAACGGAAGCACAAACCAAGAUGAAAGAACCCCUCAGCUCGAUCAACAUAUUGCGCCAUCACCAUGGAGUUCUCCCAUGGCACCUUUUAUGGUCCAGUAUUCUACUUCGAGGAUCACUCCUGUCAAGCAUGAACUUCCUACAUCACCAUCAUAUCCCGGUAAUAAAUCGGUAAGAGAAAGAAGUACAAGUUAUAAACCGCCCUACGGCCGUAAUAUUGAAGGAGAGAUCGAGCAUCGAGACAUGGAAGCUCCCACAGCUUUUCCACCUCCACCCAGUAAUAAUGGCUUUGGAUACCAGUUUGGUGUUAGCAGUUUGUCGGACCUUAUCUCUUUUGGUGAUUGCGUAAACAGGCCAUCAACGGAACUACGACCCUCACGGUCCUACUUGAGAGGUUCGGAUUCAUCUUAUGGCAGGAUACAAGGACAUGAUGGUUCAUCUAGUAGAGAACAUGGGAAAAGUACUGGGACAACUGAAGGAAAAAAGAAGAGAUCUGAUGAGAAUUCACAGACACAAUUAAAGAAGUCCAAGCAUGAGAACUCCACAGUUUCGUCUCUUCAGGCACCCAAGGUCAAGAUGACAGAUAAAAUCACUUCACUGCAGCAACUUGUGUCGCCUUUUGGAAAGACCGACACUGCAUCGGUGCUAUUUGAAACGAUUAACUGUAUCAAGGUCUUGCAAGAGCAAGUACAGUUGCUCAGUAACUUGUACAUGAAGUCAAGUAAAAUCAAGGAUCACAGUUCCUGGGGAGAGAUGAGCAAGAAGGAGAAAGCAGAGGCAGAGGCUGAUCUGAGGAGUAAUGGGCUCUGCUUGGUUCCUGUUUCUUGCGUUCCGCAAGUCCACCAACAAAGUCGCGGACCCGAAUACUGGAUGCAUGCUUUUCGAAGCUCUCUAUUCCGAUGACUGAUUCUUUCAAGUUGAACACUGAUUAGGUUGAUAAUGAAGGAAAUAUGUACCUUCAUAAAUGUUCUUGUGUGAUGCGAUGCAAUCAUACUAAAAGCCUAUAACCUAAUUUCAGUUGAGAUUUAUUGCUGGAGCAACUUUCAGAAAACUUCACUGGGAUCUUUAUGAGUGCUUUGAUGGAGCUUUGUAUCAAUAGAUGCCACAAAUUUCUCAAAUGUAAUUCUUUUGACUGGAUAUCAAAUGUCUCUCACACUAAUGCAAGUGGUCUUAACCAAUAAAUCC